AAAGCUCACAGUGUGCCAGGGACCUGCCAAGUGUUCUCUGGGCUGUAUCCCGUUUAAUCCUCACCAGAGCCCGUGAGGUCACUGCUGUGGGGGUCUUCAUUGACAGAUGAGGAAACUAAGUCACAGGCUGGGUUCAGAGGAUCAAACUCGGGCCAUCAGGUUUGGACUGCAAUCUCGUCUAUCUGCUAAGCCACCCCACUGUUAAAGAAUGACAUUCCCCUUAACUUGGGCUCAAAGUCCUAGUUCCUGCCACCAGACUGACUGCAAGCCCUCGUUGUUAACCCCUUUUCACUCACAGUCAUUCCAAAGCAGGUUGUCAUUUGUUAAACCUGGCCUAGACUCGUGGCAGCUUGGGGACUCCGUGUGAAACAAGGGGACUCUCCCCUCCGCUCAUCAUCCUGAAGCCAUCUUGCCCGUAUCAUUGUCAUUUCGACCAUUACUAAGCAUUACUCAGUUCCUCGGCCGUACUGGGAUCGGCAAGUAAAAGACACUAGACGUAUAAACAUCCUGUAAUGGUGACCUCUCUGGGCACGAUUAACUCCGAUGCGCUUCUUGAGUUGCUUUAUAUGCCAUUGUGUGGACAACGAUGUCCUUGAGAUUACCCUGCGAGCUGUGGGCAGCGCUGAGAUUUGAACUGGGGACUCAGAAUUCCGUUCCCAGUUCUUUGAGCAGCCAUUACAUCCUAACAUGGAUGCCACGAUUGUGUGGGGAUGGAAUAUGUUGAGGGGAGUGCCAGGUCUCUAUCCCCAAGAGAGGGGAAUCUCAAGCUCCCAUCUUCCCCUUUAACUAGUCCAGUGACUGAUCAACUUGUCUAAUUUGUGUAACUUCCUUAAUGAGUCUAAGGAUCACACAGACAGAAUGAAUAACUUGCCUGGCAUUAUAGUAAGCUAAAAUAUGAUACCAGCAGAGUUUGUUUGAGCUGCCAAGGCACUAACAAUGGAUACCCAGAAAGACGUCCAACCCCCAAAGCAGCAGCCGAUGAUAUAUAUUUGUAGAGAGUGUCACACCGAAAAUGAAAUAAAGUCCAGAGAUCCAAUCAGAUGCAGAGAAUGUGGACACAGAAUAAUGUACAGGAAAAAGACUAAAAGAUUGGUGGUUUUCGAUGCUCGGUGAAAACGUGAAAUUCAGGAGUGUCUUCGUUCAAACAUUUGCUCCACUGAUGCUUCUCUGUGUAGCUUUACGACUACAACCGUGUACCUAUGGUUUCACUUUAGAAAUGUGAUUGUAUUUUAAUACUUGUAUAAAGGAAGUUUUGGUUUAGCAAAAAAAAAUUUUAAAAAAAAAUAAAAUAAAAUAUGAUACCAAA